AUGAAAAAAAUUGGGCAGGCCAACAUCAAAUUCUCCAUUUUCGAGAGGGAAGAGACCUUGAACUACCGCAGCAAUGAGUGGACCAUGGCGAUUCACUGGGCUCUGCCCCUUCUCAAAGAAAUCCUCCCCGAGGAACUCUUCGCUAAAAUGGGUGUAAUUGCUUGCAAUCCUACAGUAGGCAUUCAUUCGGGUCUCUAUCCCAUAAUACACGGCGAGACAGGCGAGCUCAUAACUGGUGUCCCUGGGAAGGGCGUUAUAGCCAGCUUCUCCGACGGAAGCAUUGUCCACGGGACCAUGAUUAUCGGCGCUGAUGGCCCAAAAUCCACAGUUCGCCAGUUUGCAAUGGGCAGUGAGGAGAAGGCGGCGGUAACCAAGUUUCCCAUCUUCCACACCAAUAUGACUGUCUGUUACAACGACGCCGAGAAAGCCCAGAUGGUCCGACAGCAAUACCCAACCAGUUAUUUGGCGUUGAGCCAGCGUUCCUUCCAUGCAUUUCAGUCAAUCUCCAGCAUGCCUGACGGGCCUGAUCACCCUGAGUCCUGGGUCUUCCACAUGGCCAUGGCAUGGCUUGGUGAGGUCAACAAUGAUAUGAGCUAUAAAGAGCGUCUGGCUCUGAUCAAAGAGCGCGCUGCCGGCAUGGGAGAGCCUGCUCGCUCAGCUUUCAUGUGGCUUCCCGAUGACACCGAGGUACACAAGGCAAAAAUCAGCUACUGGGUCUCACAGGCCUGGGAUAAUCGUCAAGGGCGAGUUACUCUGCUUGGAGACGCUGCGCAUCCAAUGCCUCCCUAUCGUGGCCAGGGGUUGAACCAUUGUAUAAAGGACGUCUCGCUCCUUUCAAAGAUUCUAAAGACAGCAUUUAGCAGCACCACUGCAUCACUUGCGCUCUCUGAGGGCGUGACGCAAUACGAAAAGGAAAUGAUCCCUCGUGGGGCAGAAGAGGUCCGCUGCUCCGUGGAAAACGGUUUGCUGCUGCACGACUGGAAGAAGAUCCAGGAAAGCCCUGUCUUUCGCCGCGGCUUCAAGCCAGUUGAUGGACAUAAUGGAGGUGUCGUUAGUGCCGGCGCUGAAAAAGAAACCAGCGACCAUGCGCGAGUCCAGAUGGAGCGCGAUGCUGAGUUGGCUAGCACUCUAGCCACCGUCCGUUCUUAA